AUGGAGCAGCAGCUGCAGCAACUGGUCGAUCAAGUUCAGAGGCUGACGACGGAGAGUCAGAACAUGAGACAGGAACUUCAGAACAGAGACGUGACGAUCGCAGAGAUGCGAGGUCAGCUUCAAGCUCAGCAACAGGCUCAGCAGCAGCGGGUAGCCCCGCGCGGCGAGAUGAUGGAUCCGAAGAUUCUUCACAAGGUGAAGCCGUUCGACGGCCACAGGGCGAGUUGGAAGACGUUCAGUUUCCAGUACAGAGCGUACCUGAUCGCCCAGGAUCGAAGGUACCGAGAUCUUCUGGAAAGGUGCGAGGACGGAGCCCAGGAGGUGGACAACGUCAACCUGGACGCGCAGGAGGAAGAGCUAAGCACGCAGUUGUACUACGGCCUGGUCCUGGCGAUGCCCGAGGACUCAGUAGGCGAGCUGAUCGUGAGGAACAGCCCAGUAGGAGAAGGAGCCGAGUGUUGGAGGAAACUUCAGAAGGAGUACAACCCGAGCGAGGCAGGAAACGUGCUGGCGAUGUGGACCAAGCUCACGGACACGAAGUUCGACGCCAAAGAAGACGUGAUGGUGAGCAUCAGCAAGCUGGACGAGGACAUGACAAGGUACCAGAAGAUGGCAGGAGAACCAGUCUCGGACCUGAUCAAGCGAGGCAUCCUUACAAAGGCGCUGAAGGAUCACGACGAGCUGCAGAAGCACGUGUUUCGGAACAGCAGUCGGCUAAGUACGUACGAGCUCCUGAGAGCCGAGGUGGUGUCGGCGUUGAUGGCAGAGCGAGCGGUUCAGGACGACCCGAUGGAGAUAGGCGCGCUGAAGGGCGGAAAGAGACCGUGGAAAGGCCGCGGCAAAGGGAAAGACGGCAAGGGCAAGGAGAGGCCACCGAAUCCCGACGCCGAGAUCGAGUGCCACUACUGUCACAAGAAGGGCCACCGCAGCGCAAACUGCCGAAAGCGGAUCGCCGACGAGAAGAAUACAUCCGAGAAGGACAAGAAGGACAAGAAGCAGCUCCGUCUCAAGAAGCGCAGCCACACGAUCGACUGGAAGUACUGCUUGCCUAGCUACCACCAAUAUGUCUGCUGCUCUUGCAAGAAGACCUUUGAAGGAUGGCGAUGGCACUUCGAUCAGUGGAAGCUGGACUACUGUGCCGCGUGUGCCGAGUACUGCCUGGACAACUGGUUCAAGGACGAGGAAGAGCCAGACGACAACGAGAAGCAUGUCACCGUCGCUGGUCUUCGGCCCGUGGAUGAAGAUCAGAGCCCUGCAGAUGACCGAUUGCGGUUAGCCCCGCUUCGGAAUGCGAUCAUGCUCGACUCAGGUGCGCAGAUCAGUGCGAUACCGAGAUCACAGGUGACCAAGCAUAACUACACGCCGACGGACAGCAACGUUGUCGGCUUGAAGGGCAUAGGAGGCGAGGAGAUCGAGAGGUACGGCCACGUGGUCACUGGAUCAUCAACGGUACCGUCGAGCCACCUGACGGAGCUGAGUUCGUACCUCUACGGCGUCACCAAGGAACCAGCUGAUGAGAACAAGAUCCCGAAGGUCAUGUUCGACAUCUUUUACGUAGGGACGGACCAGCUGGCUGCGAAGUACAAGCUUAAAGGAGGUUACUUCAGCAUCAGGGAGAAGAUGUCGGUCACGAAGGCCGAGCUAGACCAAGCGGUCUCUGUCUUGAAUGUUAUCGACUGUAAGAUCUUGGCUCAGGCGACGUUGUACGCGAACAAGGAGACGGAUGACUACAAGGUGUCCUUCCUGCUAGGCGUGCUGGAAGCUUGGGGCCACACAACAGUCAUACUUCAGACAGACCAGGAGCCUGCCACCAUGGCUCUGGCGCAGGCAGUUCGAGAUCGCAGAUCACACUCAACCUUGGUGCGGGGAUCACCGCCCUUUUCCAAGCAAAGUGCAGGCUACGCUGAAGGAGCUAACAAGCUAGCAGCUGGUCUACUUCGAGCCUACAAGCUGAAGCUGGAGCACAAGCUGGGCUGUGAGAUCAAGAUGACGGAUCCGAUCGUGCCAUGGCUUGUGAACUCAGUGGGGUGGAUGAUUACCAGAUUCCAGCCUCGCAGUCACGGAGGUUCCUCCUACAAGAUGCUCUACGGCAAAGAGUACAACGGCGAGAUUGCGGAGAUGGGUGAGCAGGUCUGGUAUCGGAUCUCAGCCAGAGUUGCCGCGGGACGUGGCAAAUGGGAAGCCCGCUUCGCAAAAGGAAUCUGGGUUGGUAAGAGUGAGCUGGACGAUACACAUCUCGUGAUCGAUCCUGAACGUGGAGUGCAGAAGGUCAGAACGGUGCGAAGGAUGCCUGAGGAGUUCAGAUGGCAGCCCGAGCUCAUCCAGCACAUCAGGGUGACGCCCUGGAAGCAGACGCCCGACAAGAGUUCAGGAACGAUCGGACGCAGCAUGUACAUCACGGAGCGCAUGAUCGAUGCUCAUGGUCCUACUGACGAGUGCAGGAAGUGCAGUACAGGAUACGGUUCGCAUUCGGCAGCCUGCCGACAGCGUUUCGAGACCAUUCAGGCCGACUUGCUGCGCGAGAAGUUGGCAAAGGACCCUGUGGCCCCUGAGGUGCAGACAGCCAUGGACACGGAGAGUGGCGAGCUCAGGAGCCACUUCGGAGAUCCUGAGGAUCAGCAGGUGGAGCAGAUGGUUGAGGUGAGCGCCGAGCUGCAUGAGAAAGACCAGUGGAGCCCAAAGACGAUACACUACGAUUACUAUACUGGAGAGCCUCUGGAUGAGGACCUGUAUCAGAAGGGUCGCGACGACGAGCUGCAGGCCAUGAAAGACUACGGGGUCUACGUGGAAGUGGCGACAUCGACGGCGACUGACGGCAAGCACAUUGGAGGUUUCCCGAUAGCCCACAUGAAAGAAGGAAAGGUCAGGUGGAGGUUCGUAGCAACCGAGGUGAACAAGUACGAGGUCAGGGAGGACAACCACCAAGGCACGCCCCCGCUCAUGAUUGUCAGAGCGACGCUGAGCCGUGCCGCUUCAAGUCCAACUUCCAGCGGGCAGCACCUGCGGAAGAUACAAGUCUGGGACGUCAGGAAGGCUUUCUUCAACGCUGACUUAGACGAGACGAUCUACGUGCAUCCUGGGAGAGAGCUGUGUCCGCCUGGAAGGUGCUGGUGGUUACGCAAGGCCAUGAACGGUACCAGGAAGGCGUCGCAGAUGUGGGGUGAGCUUGUGAGAACUACUAUGGACGACGGCCAUUGGGAAUGCUUGGUUGGAACUCCUAACGUGUUCUACUUACCUGCUAGCCCCAACACAGCCCCCUUCGACGAGGAUAGCACAGCGAUCUGCCAUGGCGAUGACUUUCUUGCUGAAGGCUACGACGAGCAGCUGGACGAGCUGGACGAGUUGUUGAAGCAGCAGUUUGAGGUCACGGCCAGCGCCAGACUUGGACCAGGAGCGGUGGGGCAGACUACAUACCUCAAGAGGACGAUCGGCUACACCGACAAGUUGCCAGGUUGCGAGGAGCCAGGUUUCUUCUGGACUGCCGAUCCCAAGCAUGUGGACUUCAUGAUCAAGUGGACGCAGAAGCGAGGACUUCAGUGUAAGACUUACCUGAUCGAGACCCAGAGGCCCUGCAACCUGAAGAUCUAUAGUGACAGCACAGCUGGACGUGGCAUGUGCAGCCGAGUUGGGGUGGGCAAGGUCAGGCAUCUGGAGCUGAGGUACUUGUGGAUUCAGGAGCGGUUGCGUCUCAAGGCGUUCGAGCUUCACAAGGAGGACACCAGCAAGAUGACAGCCGACAUGCUCACGAAGUACAGCGAGUGGCCGACAAUCGAGAAGCAUUGCACCACUCUCAACCUCAGGUUCGGAAAGCAGAUGACGGGCUUGAGCGCAAUGGCAGUUUUCACGGAGGUCGUGACGAAGGCGUCAGGCGAGAAGGUGACAGUGUACGGAGGAUCUGACGAGGUUGCGGUUUGCCCCGCGCCUGUCAGCCACUAUGUGGAGAGCGAGGAGUUCAGGUUCUACUUGAUGUUGGGACUUGUUAUGGUGACUGCAGCGAGUACUUUCUUAUUGGGGUGCUGGUGUGGUUGCUACUUCAAGAACUUCUACGACAAGUUCCUUCCUCCAGGCACUUGCCCACCAUCUGCGCGGGCUGACGUCGAGUUCAAGACCGUGUGUGCACAGCAGGACAAAGGUGCAAGGCACAAGCUCUUAAACACGUUUCUUGUGGCUGAGCUGCGAGCUGUCUUGAAGGCCAAGAGCCUGGCCGUGUCAGGGAUCAAAGAAGACCUGGUCACGAGGAUGAUCAAGCACGGAGGUGUUCUGUCGGAUCGCCAGGCCAAGGAGAUCGAGCAGCUGCGGGUGAUGGCUACAGCGCAUGGACCUCUUGCCAAGCUUAGCUUGCAGGACAUCAGCAGUCCAGAGGCUGCGCAGAAGUGGAUCGAGACGUUCAAGGGCGAGUGCCGAGACCGUUCCAGAGGCUCUCAGGUGAUCCACGGAGAGGGCUAG